GAAGACGGCAGUAACGUUAAGAGGAUUGACGCGGUUGACGGAAUGGUAGAAUAGAAGAAGAAAAGGCCGGAAGUUAGCAUCACGUCGCUAAACAGAGCCAGCAUCUUGCUGCCCGGCAGCAGAAGUAGAGCUCCACAAUGGAGCUGAAGGAGCUCGAGCCAACCCACAUCAAAGUGGAGGCGCAGGAGGACGUGUGCGGCAGUCAUGAAGCCAAGCAACCGGAGGAGACGACCGACGGCGUGGAGUUCCAGGUGACUAGCAUCAUUGUCAAGAGUGAAGACGACGAGGAGACCCAGUCGCCUGAGGACAAGGGCGAGGCCGGUGCCACUGUGGAGCCCCUCGUAGGAGUGCAACCUCACAGCCGUGUGGCUCGGGUUACACGGUCGCAGCGAGCUGCGUCGGCCCUUCCUGACCCCAAGACCGCAGCUCCCGGCGACGUGACGACAGCCGGAAGCACAUUGUCCGGUUUGAACUGCACGCGGCGUGAGCGGCACCCGAGCGGGAAACCAUUCAUCUGCCCGUUUUGCUGCAAAACCUUCAACCAACGCGUCCACUUGUCCCGCCACUUAAGCGUCCACACGGGGGACAAACCCUUCCACUGCACCAUCUGCACCAAAAUGUUUGCCACCAGGGACCGCUUGCGCUCCCACACCAGAAUCCACACGGGAGAAAAACCAUUCAGCUGCCCCGUUUGCGGCAAGCGCUUCUUCCACCGUUCGCAUUUAGUCAAACACUCGCACAUUCACACGGGCGUGAAACCCUUCUCGUGCCUGUUUUGCGGCAAGCGCUUCUACUCCAACGGCGAUCUGAUCAAACACACGAGGACGCACACCGGAGAGAAACCCUUCACCUGCUCCAUCUGCAACACCAGCUUCAGCGACAGCUCCACGCUGGGCAAGCACAAGCGGCGACACACGGGAGAGAAACCCUUCAGCUGCACCGUGUGCGACAAGCGCUUCCCCUUCAAGUUCCAGGUCAAGAAGCACAAGUGUGUUGGGGAGAACAGCAACGCCAAGUGAACUCAAAACAACCACUACGGCAUAUAUUCUGUAGAUUAUAUUUGGGAUUCGAUAUAGGGGUGGGGCUACACAAUUUGGCCUAAAAAUAAAAAUCUCUGCAUGCUGCUGCUCUUUGUGCACUUUUCUAUGUAUGCAUGCAAUUAAAAUAUAACUAGCCCAAGAGGGACAAAAAAAGUUUUUUCCCAACACGUGGUUUAUCGUUAGCACCCUACUAUAUUGCAUUUUCGGUUAACCGCAAUUUUUAUUUUUUCAUUAUUUAUGCUCACGCGCACACAAGCUGCUGUUGACCCCAGCUCACACCUCAGCGCUUGCAUGCGGACUUGCUGACGUCACACGCCACCCGCCUCUUAAAGGCACAUGCAACUUCACAGGCACUACCAUAUGCAGUAUUUUCUAGACUUUUUAUGUUGGCAAGAAGUUAAAAUUAUAUAAUUUUUUAUAUAUAUAUGGUUUGUUUGUAUCAUACUGUAACAGAAGUGACAAAGUGAUCAAAAAGCACUUGAAAUCUUACUGGACUUUUGAAACUGCAUUUAACUGCAUUGUGAUGCACAUUACUGCCCUCUAGUGGAUUGGAGUAUUUUGUGUCAAUUUAAGGGGGCUCCUUUUUUUUUUUUAUAAAUGUCUUGUAUGCAAAAAGUUGUGCAUCUGCUCACCCGUCAAGUGUGAAAUUAAACAACCAGGUGAACUCCCUGUUUCUGAUCAACUAGCUGUCCUGGAUUAUGUCGAAUUGUGACGUCACAGUUGGGCUCAUUAACAUAACUCAAAGUUUCCGAGACAAAGUUAA